AUGGUGGAGGAGAAGUCGAACCAAAAUAUGCCUGCAGCAGAUUACGCUUCCGAUCUAUAUGUAUCUGUGUCAGGUUUGUUUGAUGUAUUUCCUGCCAUUAGUGCAAAUUUAAAGAAUGGGGCACUGUUCAAGAGAGAUUCUGGCAUUUAUACAUACAACAUAGUAAAAUUUUCCAAGCUUAAACAAGAAUUUCUCCAUUCUGAUGCUUUUGUUGUGGGAAAUUGCAAUUGGAAGCUGGAGUUUUAUCCCAAAGGAUUUGGUCAGCAGAAAGGCAAAAGCUUUUCACUGUAUCUACUAUUAGCUGAGCCCAAGAAUGACAUAAAAACCUAUGCAGAAUACAAGCUUUCGAUAAAGAACCCAAAACCACUCGGUUAUGCAAUAUAUACAGGUACUUCGUGGUUUUCUUCUACCAACCCCAGUUGUGGUUCUGAUAACAUUCUCUCCCUGAAAGAGGUUCACAAUUCUUCUAGAGGCUUCCUUGAGAAAGAUGCUAUGGUGGUUCAAGCCGAAAUUUCUGAAGUAGCAAAAAAACUUUGA